GUCCAGUGAUCGCUUGAGAGCGAGCGAAAGGGAAGGACGUUGGAAAAAGAUGACAUUGACGGGAAAUACACAUAGCUGUCUAGUUUCUUUAAAAAAAUUCCGUGACUUUGUCAGUGAAGUUUUGUAAGUGAUUAGUAAAGACAGACCUAAAAAUCACAUUGCGCUUAAUUUUAAUUAAAGUAUUUUUUCGGUAGGGGGAUGUUCAUUCAGUGCGAACUUUGAGGAUAUACUGUCAUUGCGUCUAGAGAGCGUGGGCGGGGAAACUGAACAUAAUAGUUUUGUCAGUUUAACUGUGCAGUGUUUUUUUUGUGGUUAAUUUGGGAAAGUUGACAUAAAUCACCACUCAGAUAGUAACCGGACUUAUUUGCGCACUUUGGCGCGUCCUGUCCCCACGCUGAAGUUCGAGCUGAGUAUAAGGCGGAAUAUGCUCCACAAUGGCACGACCGAGGAGGAGAAACAGGAGGCGCAAAAGCAGACCGGCGAAAGCCACGCGUCCACGGCGGACACCGGCACCGGCGGCGCCGCGCACUCUCCCGGGCCAGCCUUUCCCAAACUAGACCUAAAACGCAACGCGGUGACGGACGACUACAAGAUCUCCAGCCAGGUGCUGGGGUUGGGAAUCAACGGCAAAGUCUUGGAAUGUUUCGACAAGAAGACGGGAGAGAAGUGCGCGCUGAAGAUCCUGUAUGACCACCCAAAGUCUCGGCGGGAGUUGGAGCUCCACAGUCGUGUGUCUGGCGGGCCGUACAUCGUACGCAUCCUCAACCUCUACGAGAACAUGCACCAUGGCAAAAAAUGUCUGCUCAUCAUCAUGGAAUGUAUGGAAGGGGGAGAACUCUUUAGUAGGAUUCAAGCCAGAGGAGACCAGGCCUUUACUGAAAGAGAGGGCUCUGAGAUCAUGCGAGACAUCGGCACGGCCAUUCAGUACCUGCACAAUAUGAACAUUGCUCACAGAGACAUCAAGCCAGAGAACCUGCUCUACACCUCUAAAGAUUCCAACGCCAUCCUCAAACUGACAGACUUUGGUUUUGCCAAAGAAACGUCAUUGCACAACCCGCUGCAGACACCAUGCUACACUCCGUACUACGUGGGUACGUGGACCCGCUGUUCUGAGGUCAGCUCCCCUGAGGUUCUGGGCCCUGAAAAAUAUGACAAGUCAUGUGACAUGUGGUCACUGGGUGUGAUCAUGUACAUCCUGUUGUGUGGCUUCCCACCCUUUUACUCCAAUACGGGACAGGCCAUCUCCCCCGGCAUGAAGCGCCGUAUCCGCAUGGGCCAGUACGAGUUCCCCAACCCAGAGUGGGCAGACGUAUCAGAAGAGGCCAAACAGCUGAUCAACCAGCUGCUUAAGACCGACCCCAGUGAGAGGAUGACAAUCGCACAGUUCAUGAACCACCCCUGGAUCAACCAGUCAAUGGCAGUCCCUCCAACGCCACUGCACACUACGCGGGUCCUCACUGAAGACCGGGAAAUGUGGGACGAAGUGAAAGAGGAGAUGACCAGUGCUCUCGCUACCAUGCGUGUGGACUAUGACCAGGUGAAGAUCAAGGACCUGGACACGUCCAGCAACCCCCUGCUCAACAAGAGAAGGCGGAAGGCCGCUGCUGCCAGCGGAAAGAGCGCCGUCUGCAACAGCCAAUGACAGAUGAGCGAGGGAGUGGACAGCCAAUGAGAGAUGAGCGAGGGAGUGGACAGCCAAUGAGAGAUGAGGGAGGGAGUGGACAGCCAAUGAGAGAUGAGGGAGGGAGUGGACAGCCAAUGACAGAUGAGCGAGGGAGUGGACAGCCAAUGAGAGAUGAUGGAGGGAGUGGACAGCCAAUGACAGAUGAGCGAGGGAGUGGACAGCCAAUGACAGAUGAGCGAGGGAGUGGACAGCCAAUGAGAGAUGAGGGAGGGAGUGGACAGCCAAUGAGAGAUGAGGGAGGGUGUGGACAGAGACGCUGCGUCUGAGGAGAGAGCAGACUGGUGGUCAUUGAAGGAAGAAGAAAUGGUUGAAGAGGAAGAGGAAGAGUGAGUGGGUUGAGCAACAGAUGCGUGCAUGAGUGGACAAUAAAAGUAGAAGGGAUGUGUCAGCAUGAAAGAAGAAGUGAGCAUGAACGUUUGACUGGAGAGAAAAUUACUCUGUGAGCACAGAGUCACAGGGGAUCCUCCACACACCGUCUCAGCGUAGCCAGAGCGUCACACACAUUAGCACUGUAUUCCUUUAGGGGGUGGGGGGGGCAUUGGUUGGUAGUGGUGGUCUUUUCGCUCUGUCCCUCCACAGAAUGUGUCUGCGUUUGUUUACUUCUUUUAAUGGAAACACAGACUCUGAAAAAAUGUGACAUGAAUUUUUCCGCACAGUUUAGUUUCGGUGUUCUUCAAAAGUUGUAACAUGUUUCUGAAUAUGAUUCAUGUUUUAUGAAUCACAAAUAACAAACCAGUGGCUUCACAUUUGUUGACACAUAAUGGUUUUUUAAAUACUUUCAUGCUCUUGUUCCCAGAAAUACUGAAAUACAACAUUGUUCUAAGUGUGUUGAUCUGAAUAAAAUGUUGAAUUCAGAUUAGGAGGAAAA